GUGCAGCCGCAGGGAUGUGCAGUUCGGAGCCUCCAUCCCCACAGCCCCGCUCCCCGGCCCUGCUGCUGCACUGCCGGCCCUCAGAACUCAGCCAUGCGGCCCGGCACCCUCCUCUCCCCCCGCCCAUGGCGCAGCCCCGGAAGCGGAAGGCGCGGCCCCGCUGCCGUUGCCAGGCAGCACCGGGGCAGGACGCGGCCGCUGCGGCGGUGCCGGCACCACAGAGCCCCGGGGCCCUGCACCCCGGCCCCGGCCCCAGCCCCUCGGGAUGGAGGCGGCCGCAGCCCCCGAGGGAGCGGUGAGGGGCAGCGGGGGCUGGCGGGAGCCGGCUGAGCCCAUCACCGAGCAGGAGCUCCGUGACGAGCUGCGGAGGGCAAGGGAUGACUACAACAUGGCCACAGGAACAAUCUCCUCCUUGCAAAGACAACUGGAGAUCAAAGAGUCCCAGCUCCGGAGAACCAGAUCUGAAACCGAAAUGCUCCAAAAGCAGCUCAGAAAGCAAGCAAGCCACUUACAAGACAUGUCUGCCAAGUUUUGCAGUCUGAGAGAACAGAAAUGUGAAGAACUGAUGGUGACAAUGGAGGAGGAGAACCGCAGCCUCCGACAGGUCCUCACAGAACAAGAAUCCAAGCUGGCCGUGCAGAACAAGCUCAUCAGUGAGCUACAGGAGACCGUCAGGCAGCUGCAGGCAGAGGCGCGCUCCCACCGGUACCACAUCCACAAGCAGCAGCGGCAGCAGGAGGCAGCCCAAAGGGAGGUUAAGGCACUGCAGCAGAAGGAGCUGCAAACGCGCGUGGCGCUGGAACUCAUCACCAGCAAGUUUGAAAAGUAUCGAAACAAAAUAAUCCAGGCUACAUUCAGCACAGCAGGCAUCAAGCCUCCGCAGGCAGAGAUCACGGACGAGGAGGUGCUGGAGGCAAUGCAGAAAAUCAUUAACGACCGGAUCGAGUUCCAUCAGAUGCUCAAACAGAAAGGCAUCAGAGUCCCACCGCUCCACGGCACCGACACUGCUGCAUCACCUACUAGUAAGGGAAGGAGAAGGGGUAAUGCAAGGCAGCAGCCUAUCACCCCCGAAAAGAAGCCCUGAUGGCUGAGCAGAGCACAUCACCAACGUCAGGCUCCUGCUCCCUGGGUUUGAGGUGGACAUACUAACAAAUUAAACUCAUCCUCCUGAAACCAA